AUGGACCCGCUCUGGAGGAUGGAUCAACUGCUUCUCUACAUCAAUGCAGCCCUCCUGGUUUAUUUCAGCUGUGCCGGCUUCUGUCUGGCAGAUGCAGCUUUGUUGCAUCUUCUCCAUUCAUGUGAUGUGAAUCUCCCUCUCCUUGUAGACAGCCCCUCCGCUCCGGUCAAUGUCACAGUCAAGCUCCUGAAAGCCAACUCAGCUGUUGUGACCUGGGACGUCCUGGAAGAAGAGGUGGUCAUAGGAUUUGCCAUCUCCCAGCAGAAGAAGGAUGUCAGGAUGCUGCGCUUCAUUCAGGAGGUGAACACCACCACCCGCUCGUGCUCCCUCUGGGAUCUGGAGGAGGACACCGAGUACAUUGUGCACGUCCAGUCCAUCAGCAUCCAAGGCCAGAGUCCAGCCAGCGAACCAGUCCACUUCAAGACCCCCCGGGAAGCAGAGAAGCUGGCUUCCAAAAACAAAGAUGAGGUGACGAUGAAGGAGAUGGGAGAGAAGAACCAGCAGCUGCGAGCCGGGGAGAUCCUCAUCAUUGUUGUGGUCUUGUUCAUGUGGGCAGGGGUGAUCGCCCUGUUCUGCAGGCAGUACGACAUCAUCAAAGACAACGAACCAAAUAACAACAAGGAGAAAGCCAAGAGCACCUCAGAAAACAGCACCCCCGAACACCAGAGCGGGGGCCUCCUGCGUAGCAAGUUUCCAAAAAACAAGCCCUCAGUGAAUAUCAUUGAAGCAUGA